CCCAGAGCGCAUGGUGGUGCAGCACGAGGACCUGCUGGCGCUGAACAGCCACGACCUGCUGGCGCCCGACAACACCAUCGACCUGGUCGUCGCAGACGCGCAGUACCUCUCAAGCAUGGUGAAGCAGAAGCACCUGCAGACGGGGUACCGCGGCCUCCACGUCCGCAGCAAGAUGCUGGGCAUCUGGGCGCUCACGGUCAAAGAGUGCCAGCUGGCGUUCGCGAAGCUCAGGCAGACGGGCACGUUCAUGUUCCGCUUCAGCUGGCGUGGCCACGACGACGCCGCCAGGGACGUGCACCCGAACGGCGAGAAGGUCGACCCUCGCUUGCUCGCCAAGUACAUGGCGGAGGAGGAGGUGUACAAGACCCUGACGUGCUCCCCUUGA